AUGGAAGAUUUCUUCAGUAAUAGCAGCCCACGGGACAAAAGCAAUGAUUACAGUAACAUCACCUCCAACUACCAGAAUUACAGCAAAACCACCUCGGACAACAACAAUUACAGCAACACCACCUCUGACAACAAGAAUAGCAGCAACAGCACCUCUGACUACUAUCACAACAUCAUCUUUGAAACCUAUGAAUUUAAUGGAGGAGUUGCAUCCAUCAUGAAUGUGGGGACAUACAUAAUCAUUUGUAUCGGCCUUCCUUUGACCCUCUUGGCCAUAUAUGGUCAUUAUUCUCUGGAUCUUGAUCUGGCUUUUGGGCUGGGACAAAGGGAUGAGCAGGAUAAGCAGUUGACGAUGGAUGUGAGAAGUGAUCAUGUUGCUCCGAUCUACGUCAUCAACCUUCUCAUUACCGACCUCAUCCAGCUCUGCUGCAUGAUCGUUCAGGUGGUACCACUUAAAGAUCUGAAGAUAGCUGACAUCUUCAUUGAUAUUUAUCUUUCUGCUCUGAUGGCCAGUGUUGGCUUCAUGGUCUGUGUUGCCCUGGAAAGGUAUUUGGUCAUCGCCUGCCCAAUGUGGUACCGCUUCAAACGAACCAUCAAGUUCUCUGUGGUGGUGUGUAUUGUGGUCUGGACCCUUCCUCUUUUCUUUUUCUUCAUUUUCUUAUUUGAGGUUAAUCCUAAGGUCCCACAAACUGUCUCUGGCAUUUUCCUCCUCCUUCCCUUCCCACUGCUAAUAUUCUUCCUGGUUGGGACCCUCAAAACACUGUCUGCUUCCAUCUCGGUACCCUCUGAUGAAAAACGACGAAUUGUGGGAAUUUUGGUCCUGGUGUUGCUUAAUUACACGUUGCUUUUCAUGCCCAGCAUCAUUGGGUACCUGUCAAACGAAGCAAGAAAUAACAUUACCUUCAGACAUCUGUAUGUCAUCUUUGUUAGGUUGAAUCCUCUUGCAGACUUAGUCCUGUAUGUCUUCAUGAGGAAAGGGGUCAUAGACAAGCUUUUGGCCUCUGUGUGUUGCUGCAGAAUGGACAGCAAUGAGAUCAGCAGUCCAUCAGUAUGAAUGAUGACAAUAUUUCCACAGUCAGCUUCCUGUAGGCAGAGAAAGAGGGAGAGAGAGAAAGGGGAGGAAACAGGAGGAGAAAUGGAGGCCAAUAGAAAGGAUAGAGAUACCGUCAUCUACUGAUAGGAUUUCCAAUAAGACAUCUAAGUGAAGGUAACAGGAAGCACUGUUUUAACUGGGAAAACUGAAAUGUUUUAGUAAACUUGCUCUGGUUCACUGUGAUGUAUUCAACAAAUAAAUGUGUUUUGAUUAGUUUGUAGCUGUAUUUGUUUUUGUUGUUUGGCACAAAGAAGGGCAUAUUAACAAGUCUUUAU